AUGCUUCUCCAGAUAGCCUCAAUACUUCUUUCUAUCUGUGCUACAGUGUUUGCAGACAAUGCGGUACUCAAUUCCGCUGAAACCGAGGACUAUGAAAGGAAUAUGAACCAAUCCCUGCUUUGGGCCCCAUACCGAUCCAAUUGCUAUUUUGGAAUCCGACCAAGAUUUGUGAACGAGAAUCCAAUGAUGAUGGGCCUUAUGUGGUUCGAUUCAUCGAGUGCUGAGGGAGUCAGCCAGCUAAGACACUUCGUUGACACUGGCGACAAACUCGACAAAUACGGCUAUGAGCUAUAUGAUCCGAGAUUGGGUGGCAGAGAGGUCAUAAUCGACAGUGCAAACAACCUUAACUUGACAAUUCACUUUGCGAAAAGCAGAAAUGGCGAAAAUUGGGGGUUUAGGGUAUCAGGACGUCCAUUGGAUUCCUCCAAAUCCAAGGUUCCCUCACUUGUCAUGUACUUUAGUCAAAAUGGCGAAAAAGGCCAUCUGAACCAAGACCUCACCAAACGUCAAGACAAUCAUCACACGAAUUUGAAAGGUUUUUCUCCUGAGCUCGGAAAUUACGACAUUCACAUUGGUGAUAUUUCUGGAAACUAUUACAGCAGAGGCCCGGCUUUGGCACAGGAUGCAGAUAGCUCAAAGACCUCCCACAUUUCUUUCACGGUGCCUGGCGAUCAAGUUUGGAAAGCUCGUGAUAUUUUCCAAUCGAUGUUGGGAGAAUCUGUUCAGCAACUACUGUCAUCAGGAAACAAAAUGCAUCCUUUAUCUUUGCCUUCCGCUUUAAUUGUAAGAAAUAUCAACAACUUUCCAUCAGGGAACUUCCAUUUCAUUCAAAAGACCUUUGACCUAGAUCAACCCUUUGAGUUUGAUGUCAUUUAUAACAAAAAGGGAUCGCAACAACGCAUUAAGUCAAGCGAUGAGCUAUCAACUUUGAUCUCCUGGACCGUGAGCGAGCUAGAGGUGCGUUUCAACAAUAAGUUCGACAUAGAGGAUCUGAAACUAAAGGUGUUUGCACAAGAAACACUAGCCAAUUUAAUGGGUGGGAUCGGGUACUUUUAUGGUACUCAGAUGGUUGAUCGCGAAACAGAAUUAGACGAGGAACAUUUUGAAAAGAUCGAGCUCAACAGAGCUGGCGAAGAGGGACCUUUACAACUGUUCAGCUCUGUGCCCAGUCGCGCAUUUUUCCCUCGUGGGUUCUAUUGGGAUGAGGGAUUCCAUCUACUACAAAUGAUGGAGUACGAUUGCGACCUUGUUUUAGAGAUACUGCAAAGCUGGUUCGACCUCAUCGAGGAGGAAACUGGUUGGGUAGCUCGCGAGCUUAUAUUGGGAAAUGAGGCUCGCAGUAAGGUUCCACAAGAAUUCCAAAUUCAAAACCCGAACAUAGCCAACCCGCCUACGUUGUUGUUGUGCUUCAGCGAGUUGCUCACUCGAGCUUCGGACUUGCAGCAGUCCGCUUACGGCUCGACGGAGGAGUUCUCUACUGUCGCCGGCUCACAGACUGACGAGCUACUGAGACGGCCAGAACUUUUAACUUCAUUCGCAAAAAAGGUGUACCCGAACUUAUUGAAGCAUUAUACAUGGUGGACAGAUAGCCAAAGAGGGUUCACUGAGGAGUACAUGGAAAUAUUGGGUGACAGUUUGCACCCAGAGGAAGCCUUCAGAUGGGUCGGAAGGACCUUUACACAUUGUUUGCCUAGUGGCCUCGACGACUAUCCUCGUAGUCAGCCACCUGACGUCGCUGAACUACACUUGGACGCUUUGGCAUGGGCCGGAGUUAUGACGAGAUCAAUGAAGCAAAUCGCCAAGGUUCUAGACAUGUCUGAGGAAUACGAGAAAUUUGCUCAAAUUGAGCAGAAUAUCGUUGAAAAUCUGGACACAAUUCACUGGAGCGAAGAGGACCACUGUUACUACGAUGUGACAAUUGACGAUGACAGUGAUGAAAUGCGAGAAUUCGUGCGUCACGAAGGUUACGUUUCGCUAAUGCCUUUCGCUCUCAAGCUUGAGCCAAAGAACUCAAACAAGUUACAAUGGUUUGUAGAACUGAUGGCAGACGAGGGCAGACUUUUUGGCGAUUAUGGUAUUCUUUCGCUUUCGAGAAAAGAUGAGUAUUUCGAGACAGGCGAGGUUUACUGGAGGGGUCCGGUUUGGAUCAACAUGAAUUAUUUGUUUCUGGACAGUUUAGCUUAUUAUUUUGAGGAUGGAGGCGAUGCUCAAGAUACCAAGACGGUUGAGAAAGCCAGGCAGUUGUACCAUGACCUCAGAAAAAACUUGAUAUCCAAUAUGCACCGUGUGUGGGCCGAGGAUGGUUACGUUUACGAAAAUUACAACCACAAUACUGGGAAAGGCAGCGGAGUCCAGCAUUUCACAGGCUGGAGUGCUUUGAUUGUCAACAUUUUGGGCCGUCUUCCUGAGAGCUUGUAG